AUGAAGCCAGAGAGGAUUUUUGGGAAGAUGGGGCAUUUGCAGAGGUUGUUGGAUAGGUUCUUGUCGUGUAGGCCGACAGGGUUGGCGAAGAAUAAUAGGAUGAUAUUGAUUGCGUUGUAUCCAGUUGUGAAAGAGAGUUUUCAGUUGUAUGCUGAUAUAUGUGAGGUUUUGGCUAUUUUGCUUGAUAAAUUUUUUGAUAUGGAGUAUCCGGAUUGUGUUAAGGCCUUCGAUGCGUAUGCUAGUGCGGCUAAGCAGAUCGAUGAGUUGAUUGCGUUUUAUAAUUGGUGUAAGGAUACUGGUGUGGCGAGAUCGUCUGAGUAUCCGGAAGUGCAGAGGAUUACAGGUAAGUUGUUGGAGACUUUGGAGGAGUUUGUGAGGGAUAGAUCCAAGAGACCUAAGAGUCCGGAGAGGAAAGAGGAGGCACCUCCUGUGCCUCAAGAGGAGGAGCCUGCACCUGAUAUGAAUGAAAUUAAGGCCCUGCCUCCACCAGAGGAUUACACUCCUCCGCCUCCCGAGCCAGAGACCAAGCCUCAGCAACCACAGUUUACUGAGGAUUUGGUGAAUUUGAGGGAGGAUUCUGUCACGGCUGACGAUCAAGGCAAUAGGUUCGCUUUGGCUUUGUUUGCUGGUCCGCCAGCCAAUAAUGGGAAUGGAUCAUGGGAAGCAUUCCCAUCCAAUGGAGAGCCCCAAGUGACUUCUGCUUGGCAGACUCCCGCUGCUGACCCUGGCAAGGCAGAUUGGGAAUUGGCAUUGGUUGAGACAGCUAGUAAUUUAACGAAGCAGAAAGCAACUUUGGGUGGUGGUUUUGAUUCAUUGUUGUUGAAUGGAAUGUAUGAUCAGGGAACGGUGAGGCAACAUGUUGGCACUGCUCAAUUGAGUGGAGGCAGUGCUAGUAGUGUGGCGUUGCCAGGGCCUGGAAAGACAACAACGCCUGUUUUGGCUCUUCCGGCUCCAGAUGGAACAGUCCAGGCAGUUAAUCAGGACCCUUUUGCCGCAUCUAUGAGCGUUCCACCUCCUUCAUAUGUCCAAAUGGCUGACAUGGAGAAGAAGCAAACCUUACUUGUUCAGGAGCAGGUGACAUGGCAACAAUAUGCCAAGGAGGGGAUGCAGGGUCAAGCUAGUUUGGCCAAGAUCAAUGGUGCUGGUUACUACAAUGCAGGUCCUAUGCCAAUGAUGCCUUACGGAAUGCCACCUGUCAAUGGAAUGGGGCCACCGCCGGCUGGGUAUUACUACCAUCCUUACUGA